AUGUUUCUUGGCCCACCCUUAGCUGAAAGUGGGAACCAACAGUGCGUGUUUCUUGGCCUACCCUUGGCUGAAAGUGGAAACCAACAGAACCCGUUUCCAGAAACAGGUUUUAUCAAACGUCAUUGGUGUUCCAAUUGUGUUCUGGAACCAUUUCCGGAGCAGAGUGCAGAUUUGAUAGGUGUGGUUGAUUUCUCCGGUGCUUCCUCUUGUUGCAUGCUUGAAACUCAUCAUAAGCUGCGCCCACUAGUAUUGCCUAGACCCAUCUGUUCAUUAGGAGGGAAUAUCAAAUUGGUGGUUUGUAGUAUGGCCUCAACGAUUCCGGUAGACCAUGUUAGUCAGAACCAGGAACGUUUGACAGGGGAUUCUUUCAUCCGUGCCCAUCUCAAGAAAUUGUCUCCUUAUCAGCCUAUUUUCCCUUUUGAGGUUUUGUCUAGUCGUCUUGGGAGAAAGCCCGAGGAAAUCAUCAAAUUGGAUACGAAUGAAAACCCUUAUGGUCCACCUCCAGUGGUGGUUGAAGCUUUGGGAGCAUUGAAAUUCCCAUUUGUUUAUCCUGACCCUGAAAACCGUCGUUUACGUGCUGCCCUUGCUGAAGAUUCAGGCCUUGAGUCGGAUUACAUUCUUGCAGGAUGUGGUGCAGAUGAGCUUAUCGAUUUAAUCAUGCGAUGUGUGCUUGAUCCUGGUGACAAGAUUGUUGACUGCCCUCCAACAUUUGCAAUGUACCAAUUUGAUGCAGCUGUUAAUGGGGCACUUGUAGUCAAUGUUCCUAGGAAAACAGAUUUGAGCUUGAAUGUAGGCCGCAUUAUUGAGGUUGUUGAGAGUGAGAAACCGAAAAUCAUAUUCUUAACUUCUCCAAACAAUCCAGAUGGAAGCUUAAUAAAUGACAUUGAUCUGAUGAGGAUUCUUGAUCUGCCAAUAUUGGUUGUGCUGGAUGAAGCAUACAUUGAGUUCUCUGGAUUGGAAUCUAGAAUGACAUGGGUGAAGAAGCAUGAGAAUUUAAUUGUCCUUCGGACAUUUAGCAAACGAGCUGGGUUAGCUGGACUCCGAGUGGGAUAUGGAGCAUUUCCUCUCAGCAUUAUUGAAUACCUAUGGAGGGCAAAGCAACCAUAUAAUGUGUCUGUUGCUGCUGAAGUUUCUGCUUGCGUAGCAUUGCAGAACCCCAUCUAUUUAGAGAAGGUGAAGGAGGCUUUGGUACAAGAAAGGGAGAGGCUGUAUAAGCUUCUGUGUGAAGUUCCAUAUCUGAAGCCAUAUCCAAGUUAUUCCAAUUUCAUUCUUUGUGAGGUUACAUCGGGAAAAGAUGCUAAGAAGUUGAAGGAUGAUCUUGCACAAAGGGGUGUAAUGAUUCGGCACUACAACAACAAAGAACUGAAGAGCUAUGUCAGGGUCUCUGUUGGGAAGCCUGAACACACUGAUGCCUUAAUGGAGUGUCUCAAACUUUUGAGGUAAUUCAUUUCCCCCAUGUAAUAAAUUUGCUGCAGUCACCUUCAACCUACUUCAAAUCA